CGGCGCCAUGGUUUUCGUCGAGAUAAACGUCCAGUCGCUGGACAGCUUCAACCGGGCCCUGGAGGAGAACAAGGGCAAAGCCAUCUUCGUCUACUUCACGGGCACGAAGGACGCGAAGGGUCUGAGCUGGUGCCCGGACUGCGUGAAAGCUGAACCAAUAGUGAGAGCAGAGCUGAGUAAACUCCCUGAGGGAUCGAUCUUCAUCUACUGUCAAACUGGUGACAAGUCAUGCUGGAAGGAUCCCAACAAUGUGUUUCGAAAGAGUUUCAAACUGAGUAGCAUUCCAACGCUCCUGAAAUAUGGCACACCCCAGAAGUUGGUUGAAGAAGAGUUACUUAAUUCUGAACUGGUGCAGAUGCUCUUCACAGAAGACUAACAAGGCAACGAACACUGGUUCCACUUCUGAUAGAGACCGCCUCUUGGGUUUCUGUUUGAGCUUUUGAAAUCACACCAAGAAAGGGCAUUGUGACCUAAACUGAGAUCCCAUCAUGUAUCAGGGGCGGUACUCAUUACCAAUCUUCAAUUAUUAAUGUGAUCAAAUAUAAACAAGAGAAUAUUUGCAACUAACUAGCCAGUGGGACAGUUAUCUGUUCGAGAUUGUUCUGCAACGACAUUUAAUAAAAAAAAGUCGAUGCAAGAAAAAAUCAUAAAUGCAAUUCCUCUUUAGCUCAUUGCCAUUGUGGCCGUGAGCUUGCCGGCUGCUGUAUCUGUGUGUGAUGUCUGUUUAUGUGCAGAUUCUCUGCUGUUUGUAUAAUUAUUGAAUGAAAGCUUUAAAUGAAAUUCUGAUGUCAAGUGAUCCAAAAUAAAGUAUUGCAUU